AUUUAUAAACACUCGAUUCACUGUGAUUUAUGUGGUGGAGGAAUGUAGACCACCUUUAAAACGGCGGUGGGAGUUCUGCAGCUCCUCAAAUCCAACUUCCACUUCUCAGGAGAAGAGACGGCAGAGAGCUUUCUUCCUUUUGCACAACCGCUUUGGACGAAUAGAGGAGACAAUGUUACCAGAGAUCCUCACCACGAUGGAGGUUCACAGUCUGUGUGGCGUCACCCCCGUUGCGCUUCUUCUGCUGCUGCUGUUUCUGCUCAUCACCAGCUGGAGCCAAACACAGAGUUCCCCAAUACCAGGUCCCUGUUUCUAUGCAGGACUUGGUCCGAUCCUUUCCUACUGCAGAUUCCUUUGGACCGGGAUUGGAACAGCCUGCAACUACUACAAUAACAAAUAUGGCAGCACCGUCCGGGUCUGGAUCAAUGGGGAGGAAACCAUCAUUUUCAGCAGGUCCUCUGCGGUGUACCACAUUUUGAAGAGCCCUCACUACAUAUCCAGAUUUGGGAGCAAAAAAGGCCUUGAGUGCAUUGGGAUGGAGGGGAGGGGUAUCAUUUUCAACAGCAAUAUCCUACUCUGGAAACAAGCUAGGACAUACUUCUCUAAAGCUCUGUCAGGCCCCAGCCUUCAGCGGACCGUGGGAAUCUGUGUGAGCUCCACAGCCAAACACCUGGACCACCUCCAGGACAUGACCGACCCCUCUGGACAUGUGGACGCCCUCAACCUCCUGAGAGCCAUCGUAGUGGACAUCUCCAAUAAAUUGUUCCUCAGGGUUCCUCUCAAUGAGAAGGAGCUGCUUGUGAAAAUCCAUAACUACUUUGAAACCUGGCAAACGGUUCUAAUCCAGCCUGACAUCUUUUUCAAGAUUGGAUGGCUUUACGACAAACAUAAAAAAGCAGCCCAAGAGCUGCAGAAUGCAAUGGAGAGUCUGCUCGAAAUCAAAAGACAGAUCAUUCAAGAUACGGAGAAGCUGGAUGAUGACCUCGACUUUGCAACAGAGCUCAUCUUUGCACAGAACCAUGGCGAGCUCUCUGCUGAUAACGUCAGGCAGUGUGUGCUGGAGAUGGUGAUCGCAGCUCCUGACACUCUCUCCAUCAGCCUCUUCUUCAUGCUGAUGCUGCUGAAACAAAACCCAAAGGUGGAGAUGCAGCUUGUGGAGGAGAUGAGCACCGUUUUGGAUGAAACAGCUACGGAAAACAUCGAUUACGAAAGACUGAAAGUGAUGGAGAAGUUUAUUAAUGAAUCCAUGAGGUUUCACCCUGUGGUCGACUUCACCAUGCGGAAAGCUCUGGAGGACGACGACAUCGAAGGCACCAAGAUCAGGAAAGGAACCAACAUCAUCCUGAACACUGGACUCAUGCACAAGACCGAGUUCUUCCCCAAACCCAGAGAGUUCAGCCUGACCAACUUUGACAACCCGGUGCCCAGUCGCUUCUUCCAGCCCUUUGGCUGCGGGCCUCGCUCCUGCGUGGGCAAACACAUCGCCAUGGUGAUGAUGAAGGCCAUCUUGGUCACCCUGCUCUUCCGUUACACAGUAUGUCCACGCAAAGGCUGCACUGUCAGCAGCAUCAGGCAGACCAACAACCUGUCUCAGCAGCCUGUGGAGGACGAACACAGUCUGAGCAUGCGCUUCAUCCCCCGCAGUCAAAACCAAAGCACCGUCAGCUCUGAAUGACGAGGAAGUUCUCACCUUUCAGAGAACAAGACCCGACUAACGUAUCAGAGCACCGAGUUCAAAGGUAGAAGAUACAUUUACCCCCUGAUGGAUGUCUUCUCUCUUUGCUUUUUGAAUGACAGAUCCAACAAACAAAUGGUAAUAUCAAACCUGAGUCAAUAGAGAAGCAAUAUUUUAAUAAUGAUUUUAUUUGAGACCCACUUGUCAAAAAAGUAAUAUCCACCUAAAUCUAGUUACAAUAACAACAUUUGGCAACAACUGCAGCAAUGAAGUUUUUGCAUGAACUGACAAAGAAAAAUAAAAAAACAAUUUUUUUCAAUUGGACACAAGAGGCAUUUUUUCCCAGUGAUUCAACAGGCAAAGCUAAAUAAAAAAUUAGCAUCUUUCCUGGUGAAAAUCAACACGUUUAGAUCCAAUAAACAAUAACAAAGGUUUGGAAAACGAGUUUAGAUAAAAUCAGAAAACAAUCACGUGUGCAAGUGGGCGAGUUUCAUUGCAUAACUCUUAACUCGGCUUAAUUAAGACUUUUUUUAGCGAUAACAGCAUCUUUAUGUUUAAAAAGAAUUACCAGUCCAUUCCACAAACUUUCAAAAAUCUGCUUGUCCAAUUUAGAGGUACGAAUGAGGAGUUAUAGUUCACAAACUGAUGGCUAGAGACCCUGGAAAGCAAUGUUUCAUUCAGCGUAAAUGUAGGUGUUUGGUGUUGUGGACUUGUUGAUAACUUUUAUCCUUAGUUAACUUGGAGGUUAAUAAUAUGGGUGCGUUUUAAAUCAUGAUUUAAGGUGAAUUUGGAUGAAUCUUAUGCACCACAAGAAGCAAAAUGGCUCAAACUUUUGAACAUGUCAUGUUACAAAGACAGUCUUCAGAGUAUUUCACUGGGAGUAGUUUGAAUAAAAGGGAAGGAAAAUUAAAAAUGGUUUUCAAAAGUUUGACAAAUAAAAUUAUGAAAGGUGUGACUUUGAUUUAACCAGAAAAUAAAGAUGAAGUUACAGCUCAAAAUAUUUUUUGCAGCUUCUUACAGCUAAGGACCAGAGUUGCUGCACUGUUUUCCUCACAAAACUCGAUGAUAAUUAAAAACUUUUUUCUCUACCUAUUCUAUAAUGGUCUUUCCCUUAUAAAGUGUUAAUAAAUUGCACCAUUUGUGCUUGUCAAAGUUAAACUAUUAAUAGUUUUGGAAAGUGUUGCAUGAGAAACCAUUUGUAUUUACUUUGCAUUUAGUGUCUCUUAAAUAAAACCAACAAAAUCCGA